UCUCGGUCGGCCCUCCUUCCAAACCUGCAGUAAAGGGACAAGCCCCCAAAGUUUUUGUAUGAGAGGGUUUCGCCGUACAACAACCACCGAAACCACCACAACAAUCAUCACAGGACAUGUCGGACCCCUUCAAUGCGGAUCGGUAUCUCCCUACAAUAGACGCCAUAUUGAGUGUAGCGGACUUGGAACAGAUCACAGUGAAACGGAUCCGAAAUGCUUUACAGGAACUCUUCGGAGUUAAUCUCCUACCACAUAAGAAGGAAAUCAACGAGGUGAUCCUCACUCAGUACUACGAUCUCAUCAGUAAACGUGAGGAACUGGAGAAGUCAGAAAAGGAGAGACGAGACGAGAUCGAACGACAGGAUGCGAUAAUGGCCGCGCGACUUCUGCGGUCAGAGAUCAGUGGACCCAUUGUUAGAUCUCGUAAGACGAGAGACCGGCCUGUCAAGGAAGUUAAGAAACGGAAAGUAUCCAGUGAUCGAGAGAAUGUAUUCAUGAGAGAAAUGAUUCUAUCCCCAGAUCUUGAGGCCAUAGUGGGAGCUCCCAAGUUACCACGGCCCCAUGUCGUUAAACAAUUAUGGGCUUACAUCAAGAGCCACGACAUGCAAGAUCCUAAGGAUAAGCGAUUCAUUAUCUGCGACGACAAGUUCCAGAAACUAUUCAAGAAAAAAUCUGUCGGAGCCUUUGAAAUGAACAAACUCCUUUCGAAACAUUUAAUAAAACCCGAUGAGGUUGAUGGCGUGGCGUGGACUAUGACGCCUGCGCCCGUUAAAUCUGAGCCCGGCUCAGUAGAUCUGGUCAUCCACAGUGAUCCAAGUGAGUCAUCUGAGGAAUAGGCUAUAACUUUCAUAAAUUGUGUAUAUCUGUAAAUGUAUUAUAUGUCUUA